AUGGCCUCAAAAUCGUCGCCCACCACUUCAAAACACGGAAACCCCCCAAAGAACCUACGACCACUCGGCGGCACUAAAUUCAGCUAUUCCCGUAAUCUGCGGCCCGAGGAUCUUUCUCCGGCCUCUUCUGACGACGAUGAAGAUGCGGACGAGAAGAAUAAUGCCCUUCUUGACGCCGGCAGUGACGACUCGGAGGAUGCCGAGGACGAGGACGAGGACGAGUCUGAGUCUGACGACGAUUCUGAAAGUUCGGACAAAGACGAUGACGACGAGGCUGACGAUGAAGAGCAGGAGCUUGGCAAUCCCGCCAGUCCGCCAGCUCCACCUCCAUCACAUCGUGUCCCACCACCAUAUAUGGACUACACACGCAUCGCUACCACAAUCACUAUAGUGACGGAUCACUUGAUCAUUGAGGAUCUGGGCGAUUACGAGCUUGGGAGCGAAGAUGGGGAAGUUCUUCUGCCCUAUGAGUUUGAAUAUCCCGACUCUGAGCCGAGUCGUUCGCGCUCGCGAGGUCCUCGAGAGUUGGACCCAGCCUUCCAGCGCAACUUUGCGGACCUCAAUCCAUUCGACGACACAGACGAUGACUUGGACGACAACGACGAGUUCGAGCGGCAUAGACAGAGACAGCGUCAAGAACGGCGCAUACGGCGGAUGAAGUCUGGCAGCAUAAGUAAACGUACCGUCAGUGAGCGAGGCAGUGACUCGGACAGGGAAGACGUCCUCCCAUAUUACGAGCCGACUGAUAGUGGGCCUGUAUUUCGCCGGACUCGUCGCAAGACAGAUCGCCACAGCAUGCAGUUUUCUGGUCAAUUCCCUGAAAGGAUUGAAGAGCUCAAGGAGCCUAACAGCGACGACGAGAUCAUCUUCGAAGAUGCCGAGCUCUUUGCCAGAGAGCUCCCGUUCUGGACCUUCAUGGAUGUUGACUCGGAAUGA